CCUGAAACUACUUCAUUUCUUCUUCUUCUUCUUAUUUUUGGAUUUUUGAACUCUGUUAAUUUUUGUCUCAAUACAUAUAUUUAUCUUUAAUCUUCUGUCUUUGACCUACUUUCAUUUGGGGAAAAAUUUGGAGAAACUGCAUCGACAUUUCGAUUCAAUUCUCAUCCCAUACAUAAAGGCAUUAUCUUUGGUAGAUAAAGGUUCAUAGUUAUGAGCACACAGAGCAGCAGGGGGUUGAAUCUAAGGGGGUACCGGCGAAGGAAGGCUGCAUUGGACUUAGACCUUAAUAGUGCACCACCAGGUGAUAUUUGGGGUCAGGAGGGCACAUCAACUCAAGUGAGAAGUCAGGAAUCACAAUCUAGACCACAAGGAAACUCCAUUCCUAUAACCACAAUUGAUGUUGAGGCAAUUGAUGAUGAUGUCAUUGAAUCUUCGCCGAGGGCAUUUGCUGCGGCUAAAAACAAUAGAAGGAAUCGUGGGAUCACUGGGAUGAAUGUUGUUGAUGUGGAAUCAGAAGAGUGGAAUAGGAUUACUCACAUUAACAAGCGCAGAAGAACUGCACCAAAUCAGACUAUCAUUAAUUGUGAUUUUUACAUAAAUUUGGAAAGCAGUGCAAACUCCACGAGUGAAGUUGUCCCGAAGCCACCUCCACCACCAAAGGAGCCCACUUUUAGCUGCCCAAUUUGCAUGGGUCAUUUGGUUGAGGAAAUGUCCACUAAAUGUGGUCAUAUUUUCUGCAAGGCAUGCAUUAAGGCUGCAAUUGCAGCACAGGGUAAAUGCCCUACUUGUAGGAAAAGAGUUACUUCAAAAGAACUCAUUAGAGUGUUCCUUCCUGCGGCUAGUUGAUUGUUCUGCUCUUAUGAAAAUUUGACUGUGUAAGUUUUUUAAUACAGUAUUUCAUCAAUUCCAUUUCAGGCAGUGUAAUAGAACAGAAGUUAGUGGAUCUUAGGAAUUGUGGGUGUUAAGCGGCGUGUCAUUAUGGCCCUCGACGCCAUGCAUAGUAAACAUUGUCAUUUAAUGUCUUAUGUUCGGUAGUUCUUGUAUUGGUCCAUAAGUUGUGCUUGUUUUGUACUGUUACAGGAGGAUUAAUCGGAGUGCUUUGGGGUUAGGAGAUCGAAAGGAUUGUUUUGGCGUCUCAGCAAAAUUUAUUUUCUAUACAUUUUAUCGUUAUCUUAAAACAUUCUGUAGCAUAUUGAACUGUCAUUCUAUGACUAGAAGUUUUCUCUUAUGGAAGGAACAGUGUCUUCUGUAGUUCAGUUUAAAAGUAGCAAUGCCUAAAUGAAUAUGAUAAGAUUGGCCAAAUAUUAAUGAGUCUGCCAAUUAAUUAGUUCUUCUAUAUAGUUUGGUUUUCAAGACUAAUAUGAACUAGAGCAGUGUAAUGUAAAGAGAGGAAUAAAUAGUGGAACACAUUUAUUUAAA